AAUCACAUAACUCAAGGUUUAUUAAUGAAGAAGAGUGUUAUUUGAUUCCACAAUAUAAAACCUGUCUAGAUACUACUUACGGGCAGAAAAUAUAUCUUAGAACACAACUAUAGUCUCCAAGCAGCAUUAGAAUAGUUGGACAUCUUUGAUUUGACCAAAGUUAUGUCUUUAGAGGUCUUUAUAGAGGCAGGGUGGCAUGUGUCUCCAAACUCAUGACUGCUUUAAAAAACAAAUUUUAAAAGUACUGUAUGCAUGAAGCAUGAUGAUCAGUAUAUUACUCCUAAAUUAUACAAAACGGUUGAUUAACGAUUUGUUUUAACAUUUAACACCGAUAUACUAGGGUAUAUGCGUGAUCAGGAUAUACGAUUAAAAAGAUGUUGCUGACAAAAAAUAAAGAUUAAAAAAAUGUUAAAAUAUUUCAUAUGUAUUUUUGGGCGGUGAGCUGGUAAAUUGAAACUAAACUGUUAUCUUGUAAGCAUAUAUAAUACAUAGAACAUAGUAAUACCCUUAUACAACCUCAUAUUGCAAAUAAUAAUUAGGACGAUUAUGCAUUUACUAUGCAUUGGUAGCUGGAGGUCAAACUAUUUUGUAUAUCUUAAGCAUAUCUUAUUAUCUUAAUGAUUUGACUUACAAAUAAAACUGUAAUUAUUCUAAUUAAAAAAAUCAUAUAACUUGGGUACAACCGUACAAGUUAUAAGUUAGUGCACCAGCACUGUCUAAUGCCAUUACUACAAAUACUUUCUCAUCUUCAACUCCUCUCUUCAUUCUGAGAUCUCUAUAUUUUAAUUCACAAAAGAUCAUCAUCAUCGGAAAAACACUAAAAGCCAGAAAAUGACUCUCUUUAAAAGGCCAUGCGUGUACUCAAAGGUGCACAAGGAAGAUCCAGAAGAGGUGUUGCACCAACGAGCCAAGUUCUUGAUUUACAAAACGCUUCAAGAAGUGGACUUGGUUUCUCGGCGUUCUUCUCAUCCAUCGUCGUUUCUACGGAUGAAGCUUUUAAGGUUGAAGGUGGAGAUCGGAAAUAGUUUGACUAAGCUUCGUCGGAGCGUAGUAUCCGCUGUUGGAUUUGGCGGAAUUCGAAAGCAUUCUCAAAGCGGCAUGAGAGCCUUGAAGAAGAUGUUCCAGGGUGGUGCAACAAAGGGACUUCCUAGGCCUAUUUUCACUCUUGAAGUUUGAUAUUUCUUUAAU